AUGUCUGCCGCCGCAGUUGCUGCUGCCGCUCGGUGCGUCCCGCUCCGGGCGUCCCCGCCGGAGACCGAGAAGGCCCCCGCCUCCAUCCCCACCUCCUCGGCCACCUCUGCAUCUGCUCCCCUCCGCGCCGCCGCCGUCGCCGCGGGACCCGGCCGCCGGCUCCCGGCGGCGCCGCUCCGGUGCUCCUCCUCGUCGCCGGAGAACUCCGCCUCGCGGGAUCUUGGCUUGCUCCUGGAGGUGGAAGGAGUUCUUGCGGAUGUCUACCGUUUCGGCAAUCGCCAAGCUUUCAAUGUAGCAUUUCGAAGCCUCGGGCUAGAUUGUGCAAAUUGGACAGCGCCAAUAUAUGCUGAUUUGGUGAGGAAAGCUCGUGGUGAUGAGGAAAGGAUGCUGGCAUUAUUCUUUGACAGGAUUGGCUGGCCUACAUCAUUGCCAACUAGUGAGAAAGGGUCAUUUAUAAAAAGUGUUCUCCGUGAGAAGUUGAAAGCUUUGGAAGAGUUCUCAGCUUCUGAUGGCUUACCACUAUGGCCUGGAGUUGAAACGUUCAUUGAUGAUGCACUUAGUGAGGGUGUCCCUUUGGCCAUAUUGGCUGCAUAUGGGAGAAAUGGAGAAACGAUUUCAAGAUCUAUAGCUAUGAAGCUGGGCCCUGAAAGAAUCUCGAAAAUAAAGAUUGUUGGAAAAGUUGAGGUUGAAGAAAGCUUCUAUGGGCAACUUGUUCUUGGUAAAGGAGUCACAUCUGGUGUGGAUGAGCAACUUGUCAGGGAAGCCCAAAAGGCUGCUUCUGCAGAGAAGCAGAGGAUUGCAGAAGAGGUUGCAUCAAUCCUAAAACUCAGUGUUGACAUCACAGCAUCCGAAAGCUCUGAAAAGGUAAUAGCAGCUCUCCGAGCUGGUUCUGAAUAUGUUGGGUGUGACGUGCAAAAUUGUGUUCUUGUUGCGGGCAGCCAAUCUGGUGUCCUUGCAGCUGAACGCAUUGGCAUGCCAUGCAUAGUUGUUCGAAGCAGCUUUACUGCAAGAGCAGAAUUUCACUCUGCAAAGGCCGUUAUGGAUGGAUUCGGGAACACAGACUUAACCGUUUCAAAACUACUGAGCAAAAGGUGGUCUUAA